AGCACACAGGCAGCUCCUCACUGCCCAUCUCUGCCCGUGCUCAUUCACCUGGUUCCUUCCAGCAGACCAAGAGCACAAAUGGCCUUCUCCACCCGCAGCAUCCAGUGGAGCACCAGCAGCCGCCUCCAAUCCGCACCCAGUGUCAGCAGUCGGACCUCCAGGAAAAUGUCCCUGCAGAAGAUCCAGGCACCCAGUGUCUACGGGGGGGCCGGGGGCUACGGCACCCGCAUCUCCACCAGCGCCAGCUUCGACCAAGGCCUCGGCGGGGGCCUCCAGCUCAGCAUCACUGGCAACGAUGUCCUGCUGGCUGGCAACGAAAAAUCCACUAUGCAGAACCUCAACGACCGCUUGGCCUCGUACCUGGAGAGGGUGCGCUCCCUGGAGAAGGCAAACGCCCUGAUCGAGAAGCAGAUCAAGGAGUGGUAUGAGAAGAACACCAUAAGUGUAGGGCAGGACUACAGCUCCUACUUCAAAACCAUUGAAGAACUCCGAAGUAAGAUUGCUGCUGCCCAGCUGGAAAAUGCCAGGCUCGUCCUGCAGAUUGACAAUGCCAAGCUGGCUGCUGAUGACUUUAGACUGAAGUUUGAGAACGAGCACCUGCUCAAGCAGAGCGUGGAGGGCGACAUUGCGGGGCUGCUCCGCGUCCGUGACGACCUGACUCUGACCCAAGCUGACCUGGAAGCCCAGAUCGAGGGCGUGAACGAGGAACUCAUCUUCCUUAAGAAGAACCAUGAGGAGGACUGCAACCGGCUGCGCAAAGAGGUGAGCGGCUCCGUGAACGUGGCCGUGGAUGCUGCUCCUGCCACUGACCUGGCAGCUAUUAUGGAAAACAUGAGAAAGCAGUAUGAAGAAAUGGCAGAAAAGAACCGCCAAGAAGCCAAAGAACACUUUGAAAAGCAGACAGCAGAACUGAACCAGGAAGUUGCUGUUAACGUUGAACAGCUCCAAGUCCAGAGGAAAGAGAUCACGGAACGCAGACAGAUCUACCAGAGCCUGGAGCUGGAAUUACAGUCCCAGCUGAACAUGAGACAGACCCUCGAGGCCUCGGUGGCUGAGACAGAAGCACGGUACAGCCACCAGAUCUCCCAGAUCCAGGCAACCAUCGCCAGCCUGGAGGCUCAGCUGAGGCAGCUCCGAGCCGACAUGGAGGCUCAGAACAGCGCGUACAGCAACCUGCUGGACAUCAAGACUCGCCUGGAGAUGGAGAUCGCCACGUACCGCCGGCUGCUGGAGGGGGAGGAGAGCGGGCAAUUCGAAUUGGAAGUAGCUACAGCAGAGCUUGAAAAAGAAUCAAGUAAAAUGAAGAAGAUCAAGACAAUAGUUGAGGAAGUGGUUGAUGGGAAGGUCGUCUCCUCUCAGGUCAGAGAGUUCGAAGAGAAGAUGUAAAUGGCACCAGCAGAGGAGAUGCCUCUGAGCUUCCUGGACCCGAUGCCAAAACUAAAAUAUUUAUAAAGAAUCCCAUCUAAUUCUCCCUGCACCCCAGCAGGGUUGAAAAAUGCCAAAUUAUCAAAGCUCAAAUAAUUGUUGUUAUUGUGGGAGAGUGUUAAUAAAAAUCAGUAAGUUACAA